AUGGCAGACCAGCAGCAAGAUGAAGCAGGCGUGGAUGCCACAUCGCCGAACCCACUCCAACGCCGCAACAGUCUCGAGAAGCACUUGCAGACUCGACCGGAUGAGCAGGACCUCAAGAACAGGCACAUUCUGCUGGAUACCACCGCAGCGCCGGCGUUGCAGGCAAAGCAAGCAGAGUUAGAGAGGCAGCGGAUCACGGAUAAUCUCAAGAAGGGCCUGGCCAACCGUCCUGAAAAGUCAGCACUUGUGGAGAAGAAUGUCCUGCCAGACUCCAAUGCUGCGCCUGCUCUCCAAGAGAAACAGAAAGACCUCGAGAGAAAUAUGCGAGCGGAUACCCUCGACAAAGCACUGCAGCAUCGGCCAGAGCGUGAGGCUCUAAUCGACAAGAACAUCUUGCCUGAUUCGACUGCUGCACCAGCAUUGCAAGAGAAGCAGAAGGAGCUGGAGAAGCAUAUGAGGGCAGACAGUCUGGACAAGGCGCUACAGAGUCGUCCUGACAGAGAGAAACUGGUGGACGAGGGGAUCCUGAAGGACGGCGAGUGA